CCUGGUGAAAUCCUUGGUCCCGAUUCUCGAAUUCCAAUUGGGGAUACGAUUAGGGCUCAAGUCCCUACUAUUUGCUCCCUUUCAGCUUUCUUUCCCCCUCUUGAUGUCAAGAAACGUAACUCUGAUUUGAUUAUUCGCUCAUAUUUUAUUGAAUCUCUUUUGUAUCUAGCUUAGAAACCUGUAAAUUUAUUGCAUUUUUGGGGGGUUCGUUAGAUGCUUUUGGAGGAUGGCAGAGGGUAAUCUUAACGAUCAACAUCAUCGUCAAGCAUCGAUUUACGAGACCGUCAAUUUGCAGCCGGUUAAUUUACAUCAUCAUCAGCAACAAGGAAUUAGUAUCAAUAACAAUGAUAAUCAACAUCACAUAGUUGAAGAUGUGGUUGUACAGGAAGAUGAUGAUGUUGCCGGGGCCGAAGAAGAGUCUAUAGACAACCCUAGUCAGAUCCGUUACGACCACCACAAUCCUCAUCACCAUCAUCACCAACAUCAUAACAUACAGAAUAAUGGUAGUCUCGAAGGUGGAAUGGAGGAAAUGAGUGUUCAGCCGCAUGCCUUGUAUGUACCGGACUCUGAAAUUCAGCCCGUUAGUGCGGGAGGUGCAGGUGGAGGUGGAGGUGCGGAUCAGCUUACCCUAUCGUUUCAGGGCGAAGUUUAUGUCUUUGAUGCCGUUUCACCAGAAAAGGUGCAAGCUGUGUUAUUGCUCUUGGGUGGGUAUGAAGUACCAACUGGUGCGCCCACGAUGGGGAUGCCCCCUCAAAAUCAAAGGGGUUUAACUGAAUUUCCUGGAAGAUCAAGUCAACCACAAAGGGCUGCUUCCUUGAGUCGGUUCAGGGAGAAGAGAAAAGAAAGAUGCUUUGAUAAGAAAAUUCGUUACAGCGUACGGAAGGAAGUUGCUCUUAGAAUGCAGCGUAAAAAAGGUCAAUUUACAUCAUCCAAGGCAAUUUCCGAUGAAGCAGGUUCAGCUUCUUCAGAUUGGAAUGGUGGUCCUGGCCAGGAUGAAGAAACAACAUGUAGACACUGUGGGAUUAGCUCAAAGUCCACUCCAAUGAUGCGUCGUGGGCCUUCUGGUCCAAGGACAUUGUGUAAUGCAUGUGGACUCAAAUGGGCCAACAAGGGAGUUCUACGAGACCUUAACAAGGUUUCAGCUUCAGGGGCUCCGGACCCUACAGGAAAGGCUAUUGAGCAGAGUGACGGGGAAGCAAAUGACACGAAUGCUGUAAAUGUGAAUGCAAUUAUGGUGUCAAAUGGAGGAGAUAAUUCAGCCGUGACGGGUGAACGGUGAGGGAUGAGAUAUCGAAGAAGAAAGGUGGUGUAAAAUAAGAGAAGACAUUUGGCUGGUUGAUAAACUCACAAAGUAGUUGUUUGUAGAUAUUGGUUUUUCAAGGGUUGAGGUACAUGAUGAGAUUGCAUUAUAGCAUUUUUAGACGACGUUGUUAUAGGAUCAUCAUCGCAAUGUAACUUCCCAGAAUUGGCAAUUUGUACGUUUGGUAGCUCUUCACCUCAUUGAAAUACAUUGGAGUCAUUGGUAUUUUACCCUUUCUCACCUCUUGCAAGACGUCUCUUCUUGUAAUAUCCAGUACGUUGGUUGGAUAUUAUGGUUAUAUAUAACAUGUAAAAAAAUCCAUGCCUUGUGUAACAUAUAUGAUAACAUGUGAAUGAUUUCCA